AGAGAGAGAGAGAGAGAGAGAGAGAGAGAGAGAGAUCAACUGCAAAUAGAGGAUUAACCAAUACCAUAAGAUAUUAAAAAAACGAGAGCAAGUGUGCGAGAGAGAGAGAGAGAGAGAGAGAGGAGCACUUAUCCAAGGAACCGCUGAUAUUGGAUGAGAGGCAAGAAGACAAACAAGAAGAAAUAGCAGAGAGAUAUUAAACUGGGUUGGAUUAGAUUUCUCUGCACUGUGGAGAAACACAGAAACACACACACACACAGUGGGAGGUGUGUGAUGCACCCUGCCUGAGUAUUAGCUGUAUGCUGUUUGUUUGUGUUCAGGUUGUUUAGAGUGUAAAGUGCACAGAGUGUUACAGCCAUGAGGAGGAUAUUAUCUAUUACCUUUGCAUCACUGCUGGCAAUUACUUUAACGGGAGCAUGGAGACCAUCUCAGCCCAGACUGCAGUUCACACACUCGGAGCUGGUCCGUAGUGGCAGGCUGAUGUCUUUGCUGCUCUCUGCGGGGGAUCUGAACUCUCUGCUGCCUGAUGAAGAUGGCCGCCGCCUGUACAUCAGCAUGAAGGACUAUUUGCUGUCAGUCAGCCUGGAUGAUGUUACACAACCCCAUCACAAGAUUCACUGGCCUGCGAGUCCAGAUCGAAUCCAGGAGUGUCUAAUGGCUGGAAAAGACCCACAGCUGGAGUGUGCCAAUUUCCUGCGUGUAUUGGAGCCUUAUAACCAAACACAUCUGUAUGCCUGCGGAACAGGAGCCUUCAACCCUCGCUGUGCCUACAUCCCCACCCGCCUCUUCCUCACGGCUGAGGAUCAGACGCUCCAGUAUGAACAGACAGAGUCCGGAAAAGGAAAGUGUCCCUACGACCCCCACCAAAAGACUGCUACUGCCAUGAUAGAUGGAGAGCUGUAUGCUGGAAUCACAUCCGACUUCAUGAGUCGCGACUCUGCAUUCUUUCGAAGCCUGGGAGAACAUCACGUGAUCCGCACAGAGCAAUAUGAGCCAACCUGGCUUCAAGAUGCUCAGUUUGUGCGUGUGGCCAUGAUGAAGGAGAGCGAUAAUGAUGAAGAUGAUAAGGUCUACCUGUUCUUCACUGAGCGUGCUCAGGAGGCUGAGGGGCCCGCCGGGAAAGUCUUGUACACUCGAGUCGCCCGUGUCUGCAAGAAUGACAUUGGUGGCCAGCGCAGUUUGGUGAAUAAAUGGAGUACGUUUCAGAAGGCUCGAAUGAUCUGCUCUGUUCCCGGACCUGACGGCUUACAGACACACUUUGACCAGCUGCAGGACAUCUUCAUUCAACAUGGCAAAGAUGAGAGGAACCCGCUGAUAUACGGCAUCUUCACUACCGCCAGUGAUGUGUUAAACGGAUCAGCAGUGUGUGUCUACCGAAUGCAAGACAUCAUCCGUGCCUUCAAAGGAAACUUCUACCACAGGGAGGGGCCACAGUAUAAGUGGGCGGAGUUUACCGGCAGAGUGCCCUAUCCCAGACCAGGAACAUGUCCAAGCAGCACCUACGGAAGUUUCCGUUCCACUCGGGAGUAUCCUGAUGAUGUCAUAUUCUUUAGCCGCACCCACCCACUGCUGCAGGAAGUGGUGCGUCCUGUGGACAGCCGACCUUUGCUAAUUAGAGUUGGUGUUGACUACAAGUUGACCCGCAUCGUUGUGGACAGAGUGGAGGCUGUGGAUGGACAGUAUGAUGUUCUCUUCAUCGGGACAGAUUCUGGUCUGGUGCUGAAGUCCAUUCACCUCCCCAAAGAGCAAGGACAAAGUCAAGAGGUCACCCUGGAACAGCUGCAGGUCUUCAAGCACAAGUCACCAGUCACCGCCCUGACACUGUCCAAGAAGAAGUGGUUGUUCGUGGGAUCUGCAGAAGGCGUGUCUCAGCUGGCUCUGUAUCAGUGUGACCUAUAUGGUCAGGUGUGUGCAGAGUGCUGUCUGGCCAGAGACCCAUACUGCAACUGGGAUGGCCAUGCCUGCAGCCCGUAUAUGCCAGUUGCACGCAGGAGAAACACUCGUCAUGUCGGUGAUUAUGGGAAUCCUUUAACUGAGUGUGUCCGACAGGGAGCUGGCCUGGAGGUGCAGUCGGAGGAGAAGGAAAUAGUGGUGGCUGUUGGGAACAGUACCUAUCUGGAGUGUCUGCCCAAUUCACACCAUGCUAAAGUUACCUGGUUUAAACAGACCGGAGAGAACAGUCUGGAACAAUAUGAGGUGACCUCAAGGGAUCAGCUGGUAGUGAUUGACAGAGGCAUUCUGAUUCCGAGGGUGCAGCUUAACCAUGGUGGGAUUUAUCACUGUCAGCUAGAGGAGCAUGGAUUCCGAUGGACGGCCGUAACGAUUCGAUUGAGUGUGUGGAGUCCCAGCCAGCGUGCCAUCGGAGACUCCACCCAGCCCUGGUACCAGGAUGUGAUGACUCUGAUUCGCCAAAGUGAAUUGGAGCACUACUGCAAGGAACUGGGCAAACAGCGUCAUGAUAACAAAAGGUCCAGGGAAAAGGAGCAGACACAGGAGAGAAAGAGAGGGGAAAGACAAAAGCAUGGAGGAGAACGAGGAGAGAAGGAGCGAGGAAAAGGCAGGAAGAACAGAAGCAAAAUGGGCAGCUCUGCUUUAAGGUCGCCGAGAAGCACUUGAACUGUACAAAAAGGCAAUCUACCAACAAUACAAUACAUACAAUAAGCAAAGACCUUCACAGGCUUAAAUAUGAACUCACAUGUACAUGAACAUGCACAGAAUAUUGUUUUGAUUGAAGCUAAAUAAGAGGACUGUUGCUAAGCAGCGACGUAUAAAUGACAGGGGGCGUGGCUUUUAUGAGGCAUGAUCGCAAAGCUAAUGGACACAUGGACUUCUCCUGAUGGUUAAUAGUGACUGAGCCCUGCAGAGCUGAAACCCCUUACACACAUACGAAUGCAUCUCAGACAUUUUUGUAGUUUGUGUAAAUAUCGAAAAAGACUCCAGCAUUUUUGGAGCACCUGUAAAAGCUCUUUGUUUUAAAAAGACUGCUUGCUUUGAAGCACAAAUGUUACAGUUAUUGCGUAUUAGCUGCAUCUAAAUGUAUUGUUCUGAAUGUUUUUUCACUUUUUUUUUUCUUAUUUAUCUUUGUAUUUAUUUUCACUUCCCAUGAGAGAAACUAAAGCUGUAUAUUUGUAGUGAUCUUUUUCUUCAGUCAUUACGAAUGGACAAAGAAAUAUUCCUACAACGACCUUCUAGGCGGUGAAAAGCUUAACUAAAUCAUUGCUGUUGAAGGAAUCUCCUUUAAAUAUUAAGAGACUUGCCGAACGCAAGGCCAUAUAUGUGAAAACCCUUGCUUGAUGUUUUGUUUGACGUUUCCUGGCAUCGAGAUUGCUCUAAAAUGGACCUGACUAAACAAAGAGGGAAAACCCUAAAUUCAUUUUCUACUUAACCAAACAUGAUCUGUUUGGUAUAGGAGCACUUCAUGCAAAACUAAACAUACCUGACUGCAACCAUGCAUGAUGAACAUGAUAACAUCGAGCUUCAUGACGACAGCGGGGCCAGCAACCGAUUUACCUAGCUGAGGUCAAGAAGGGUCAUCUCACCCAGGUGCAGGCUAUUUUUAUGAAUAAUAGAAUCCUGUGUUUAAAGCUAAGCAGUUAACUGUUGCACUGCACAACUACAGUACCAGUGGAAAGUGUUUAUUCACCUGCUCAUAGAAGGAGGCUUAAUUUUGUUUUAUUUUCACACAAUAAAAUGAAAGACAGGACAUUAAAAGCCCAUCCAGCUUUAUGAAGGAGCAACCUUUUCGACUUCUCACCUAUGCUGAGCAUUUGCAUUUCCUGAGAUUGUUAACCAAUAUCCUUCAAUUUAUUCAUUCAUUCAUCUUCAGAAAGCACUUGAUCCUGGUCAGGGUCAUGGUCAAUUUGGAUUUAAUCAGCGGUCAAUUUGGAUUCAAUCCAGAGAACAGUGGGUGCAAGGUGGCCAUACAUUCUGGGUAUGAUUCUAGUCCAUCACAAUUUAGCAUCACCAGACCACUUACUAGCAUGAUUUUGGGAACGCUAUCUCAGUUAACUAACCUGCUGAUUAGUUCUCCCCUUUCAUGCAACAGGUACCAUCCAUUCUUCUGACACAUGGUCCAAUCACUGUAUCAUACAGGAGCUAAACACGCUUGGAGGAGAGCACGAUAUUGCCUGUUCUGUAAAACAAACAAAUAAAUAAAGGUUAAAUCUUGA